AUGUGUAUACCAUGGCCAAUUUUAGAACCACUGCAAAAUUCAAACGAAAAGUUUAAUAGUGUCGGAUUGAUUUAUGGAAUAAAAGAUGAAAAUGUUCGUCGAAAUUUAGGUUAUGAUAUCGAAGAACAUAAAUCAUUGAAUAGCAACAAACGAGCAUUUCGAAACAUGUUAAAACAACAAUACAAACAAAAUAAUCUUUUAAGUGAAGAAGUUAAAUUCGAUCGUAAUCGACAAAAGACAGCAAGUUCUACUAAUAAUCGAACACCAAUAGUACAACAAAUAUCAGUUACUUCUCCUAAAGCAAAUCUUAAAACUGUUGAAUACAAAGAUUUCAAUAAUAAAAAUCAAAGAAUAUCUGUAAAUUCUAUAAAAGCUGAAGAUCAAAAUGCACCAACAAACAGACUUGGUGGUAAUCGUACAAUAUCACGACAGUCGUCUAUUGUCAAUUCAAAACGGUCGUCAACCUUCUCGAGUGGUAACUCCAAUAUUGGUAAACCUAUUAGACUUCGUUCUAUGCAUGUGUCGGAGAUUAGUAGACGCAUGAAAACUCUUGAAACAUCUCCUCAUUCUGAAGAAUUACUUUUGGCACCGAUGACAGAUCAUUAUGUACCACAACGCACACCUUCUCGUGUAACUCCGCAACAACAACAAUUAAACAUCUAUACAGAAAACGAUGACAACAGUGUUCUAUUAUCACCUCAAUCUUCCGAAACUUAUGGAUAUCGAACUUCAUCGAACAAAAUGUCACGUAAAACUAGUCAAAGUUUAUCACCGACACACAAUAAAUCAAUAAAUACUAAGCAAUCACGCGAAUCAAUUCAAUCUCGUAAAAACCUAUCCAUAAACGAUGUUAGAGACAUAAAGAGUACAACAAGUAUUAAUCAAAGUAAUGAUAAACAAAGUGUUCGAAAAUAUACUAGUCAAACUCCGAUCUCAUAUCAAACACAUGUUGAUAGUGACGAUUCUUCAGUGACAUCAACAUCUUCUAAUAAAAUUAAGCAUAAUCCAAGUCUACUGAACAAAAGUUGGGAACAACGUUUAGUGUCACCUUUAUCGAUGACAUCAGUACAACGCGACAAUAGUAUUCAUCUUAUCCAAAAAAUCAAAAGUCCUAUCUCAAAUAAACAACUUUCAAUCAAUAAAACUCCAAAUGAUUUCAAUUUUGAUAAUUAUUCUAAAUAUCGAACGUCUUCUUCCACAAGUUUUCUUACUAAAAUGAAUGAUGAUAUUUCUCUGUUGAAUGUAAUUGAACGACGAAAAAGUGCUGAAAGAGAAAAUGAAACAAUAAGUAUUUUAGAUAAUAACAAAAAAUAUAUGUCAACACCUAAUUGUGUUUCAAUAAAUACAGAACGACAACGAAGUAGUAGUGCAACAAGUGUUAGUAAUCAUUCACCAUUAUUUCUGAAGACUAAAAAGCAGAACAACAACAAACAUUUAUCUCAAUCUAUAAAAAGAAAAAAAAGAAAGUGUUGUAGUCAACAAAUAACUAAUCGACCAUUACAAUCAAACAGACAAGGAUAUUUCAAGAAAUUUAUGAGUUGUUUUCGACGAUCAGUUGUGAACCGAAUCAAUCGAUUAGAAUAUCAUAAUAAAUGA